CUUCUCGUUCGUCUUCCCCGUCCCACACCACGCACCGCGACGAAUCAGGUGAUAGGCUGAGUCCACGAGAUCUCCCGUAGACCAGAGAAGAGGAAACAGAGCCCGAUCUUGGUAGCGGAGUAACGUCAGUCAUGAUGAUGAUGGGUGAAGGCGUUAGUGUCCCGCCGUGGUCCCACCUCCCGGUGAGCGGCGUCGAUGUUGGCGGCGGCGCGGCCGGCGACGAGAUGACGCCGUACCUCCUCGCCGCGCUGCGUCAGUACCUGCCGUGCAACGACGUCUGCGUGGGCGCCGACGACGAGGAGGAGGCCGCCGCGAUGGCCGCGGCCGUGGACGCGUACGGGUGCGACGACUUCCGCAUGUACGAGUUCAAGGUGCGGCGCUGCGCGCGCGGCCGAAGCCACGACUGGACGGAGUGCCCCUUCGCGCACCCGGGGGAGAAGGCGCGCCGCCGCGACCCGCGCAAGUACCACUACUCUGGCACCGCGUGCCCGGACUUCCGCAAGGGUGGGUGCAAGCGCGGGGACGCCUGCGAGUUCGCGCACGGCGUCUUCGAGUGCUGGCUCCACCCGGCGCGCUACCGCACGCAGCCGUGCAAGGACGGCACCGCCUGCCGCCGCCGGGUGUGCUUCUUCGCGCACACUCCCGACCAGCUCCGCGUCCUCCCGCAGCAGCAGUCCAGCCCGAGGAGCGCCGCCUCCUCGCCGCUGGUGGAGUCCUACGACGGCUCCCCACUGCGGCGCCAGGCGUUCGAGAGCUACCUCAACAUGACAAUGAUUUCCUCGUCGCCGACAAGCACCCUGAUUUCGCCGCCCAAGUCGCCCACAUCGGAGUCCCCGCCAUUGUCGCCGGACGGUGCCGCGGCCAUCCGCCGCGGUUCGUGGCCCGGUGUGGGAUCGCCUGUGAACGACGUCGUCGCCUCACUUCGUAAGCUGCGCUUUAGCAAGGUGAACUCGUCGCCGUCCGGCGGGUGGUCUGGCUACCCGGCCUCCACCGUCGCCUACGGAUCACCCAAUGCUGGUGGGCUCUACAGCCUGCCCUCCACCCCGAGGGGCACACAGGCAGGCAUGGUCACCGCCUCCGGUUUCAUGCACAACCUUGAGCCACUCGACGUCGGCUUCAGCGGUGAUGAGGAGCCCGUGCAGAGGGUGGAGUCCGGGAGAGCCCUUCGCGCAAAGGUGUGCGAGCGCCUGAGCAGGGAAGGCGCUCGCACGGGCGAAUCCGGCGCCGCCACUGCUGGUGUUGGAGGCCCCGACGUUGGGUGGGUCUCCGAUCUCAUAAAUUGAGGCGGCAGAUCGUUCUUGAAGUGCCUUUUGUGAGCCGGCAUGGCAUGGAGAAGGUGGUAAGAUCGUCAGAGAAGGAUCGCAUCCGAAAAAAAAAACCUAGUUUCUUUUGUUGCUUCCUGUUUCUGCUAAUUCCCCUGUACAUAUCUCCCCCUGUGAAUAUUCUUGGUCGGUAGAAGGGAGGCAAGAUGGAGGAGGAAGAGGGGUGGAUUUGUUUUGGGGUUCUUGAGGUAGCAGAAAAUAUCCCAAAAAAUAGAAAAAAGAAGUGUACAACUGUAUUAGGUGGUGGUUGUUUCCUCUGUGCGUAGCGUGUGGAGGCGAAGCAUGGCAGAUGAUGGUGACGACCAAGGUGGAAGAUGGCCUGAUUUCCAGCGGGCACGGCGGCCGCCGGCGCUAGCUGCUGCUUAUUUCUGUGAUUCCGGAGUAUCCUAGUUUGAUGUUGUUUAAGUUCGUCGUUUGUGCAUUCUGCAUCGACUAGUUGAAGGUGAUUUCAAUUCCCCCUGUUGAUUACCUAUUUUGUUGAUGUAAUCUUUGUUCAAGAUCAUCAUCCCCUACAGCAUAUUUGUAUUAGCUGAAAUCUUAUUCACUCACCAUUGGUGGUGAAUUUCCCCAUGUAGUAUUUUGCUCAUGUAAAUGGCCAAUGUUUAUCACUAAUAGUUUGAAGUUUUGUCAA